AUGGAAAUACUACCAGCACUAGCACCAGGACCACCAGCACCAGGACCCCUACCAAGCAUUCUUCCCCGCCUCUUCUGGGCAGUAAUGGCGGAAAGUGGCGGCGCUUCUUGUCUUCUUCUAUCGAAUUUCAACCCGUCACAUUCCUCUUCAUUCCAUGCCGAGCCAAACCACUAUUUACAAUUGCCCAUAUUGCAUGGUGGAAUGAUGUUUUGA